CGGUUCGGUUCGGUUUGGCUCGGUGCGGUUCGGUGCCGUUGUGCGGGGACGGGAGCCGGGUCUGCGUGACUCUGUGUGGGGAAGGAAGCGUGGGCCCGGUGUCUCCGCACAGACUUGAGGCCCUGGGUUCGGUGCCCGCACGUGGAACGGCGGCCGGUCCCACGUCCCCGUCCCGGUGCCGUGUAGUGGGGGCGAGGCCCGGCUCUCCUGACCCCGCACGGAGAGAUAGCGGCCCGGUCCUGCCGGCCCCGUGCCGGGGAAAGCUCCAUCUGGGCGCCCUCGCAGAGGUGAGGCCUCGUGUCCCCGCACGGAGGGAUGCGGAGGGCUGGGGUCCCCACGUGGGAUGAGGGCCCCGUGUGGGGGCAGGCCGCGGUCCCAGCAGCUCAAGGACCCUGCAGGACACCGGGAGCAGAACAGCUGCCGGCCUCAGCCUGUCCUUUGGAGCGGGACAUGGCCUCCGCGCUCCCCGGCGGCUGCCUCUGCUCAUCCGGCCUCCCUCAAGCACCAGGUGAAGCCGUGCCAAGCAGCGCCGCCAGCAUCUCGCUGUGGACAGUGGUGGCUGCAGUGCAGGCGGUGGAGAAGAGCGUAGAGGCCCACGCCUCCCGGCUGCUCAACCUAGAGCGAAGGACGGUAACCACUGAGAAAAAGUACUUGGACUGUGAAAAAACAGUGGUGGAUUUUGGGAACCAGCUGGAGAGCAAGCUGACCGUGCUGGGCACCCUCAUCCGGGAGUACGGGCAGCUGCAGCGGCGUCUGGAGCACAUGGAGAACCUGCUGAAGAACAGGAACUUCUGUGUGUUGCGUCUGCCCUCCGGCCUCAAGGUCCCAGAGGCAUCUGAAAGUGACACAGCUUGCUUUGCUGAGCAAGAGUGGGAGAACCUGGAGGAAUGGCAGAAGGAGCUGUACAAGAACGUGCUGAGAGGGGACGGUGAAUCUCUGAACUCUCUGGAUUAUGCAGUCUCCAAACCUGACCUCUCGUCCCGGCUUCAGAGAGGAGAAGUGCCCUGCAGUGAGGUGACCUCAGGACAGAAGGAGAUUCCAACAGAACCGAAUGCAGACUUCAGCAUUCCAGAGCCGAGCUUCGCGGGAGCUCUGAAGCAGAAUGAAGAGGUGUGUGCGGAGGAGCAGGAGGCCACGGAGGGUGCAGAGUUCACUGAGCUCAGCGUGGUUCCAGCUGAUGAGGUGAUAGCAUUCAAAAUAGAGCAGCUGGACUCUGACGAAUGCCUGCAAAGCUCAGAGUGUCCCACAGCUUUAUCCGGGGAAUCAGAAGACGUGGUUUUCCAGAGCGCCAACGAGGUGCUGCCCUUUGACAGUCAGUUCAGCUCUGCUGUGCCCCUGGGAAACCAGAGCAUGAGCAGGUUGGUGCCAUCUGCUUCUGGGGAAGGCGAUCUUGGUGAAAUCAACACCGUCACGUUCUACAGGCAAGAGUAUCCCGAGGAGAGGCCUCACUCGUGUGUUGCAUGUAGGAAGGGCUUAUGUCUGAAGAAGAUGCUGAUGAUGCAGCAGCAGAAUUACAGCACGCUGUGUGGCAGUGAGCCCGCUGAAGACGAGAACAUCUUUAUCCAUCAGCCUCACCAGCAGAUCCACGUUGCCGCAGAGAGCUUCAAGCAGAACCCGAAGGUAAAAGCUCCCGCUGGCGUCUCAGCCACAAACAAGGCACGUGGCAGCUCCAGGUGCAUGAAGAGCAUCAGCACCAACCGCAGCAAACCGGGGCACCCGCAAGGGAAGCCUUACAAGUGCAGCAAGUGUCAGGAGUGCUUCUCCCAGAAGAAAACCCUCAUCGUCCACCAGCGCGUGCACUCGGGCCGGAGCCCGGGGGUCCUUUGGUGCUCGUACUGUGGGAAGACUUUCAGCCAUCCCUCCAAUCUGAUCCGGCAUCAGAGGAUCCACACUGGGGAGAGACCGUACCAGUGCAACGAGUGCUUGAAGCGCUUCACCCAGAAGCAGCACCUCCUUCAGCACGAGAAGAUCCACCUGCGAGAGAGGAGCUGCGCCGUCAGGAGUCACACGAGGGAGGCACCGCUAUAGGGCUUCUGGGUUGUGCAGGGCUCGCGUGGCCCUACAGCCCCCAGGCGAGGAAGGCAGGAGAGGACAGAGUCUCUGCUGCUCGGCAUCAAAGUCUCUCUAUUUAUCAUAAAGUAGAAUUAGGAUCCACCACGGCAUGACUGCCCUCUUCUUCGUGGUGGUGAUGAUGCGAUACCUCAUAGUUAGCUGAAAGUCUCUUAAGAACAAAAGCGUGUCGGGUCUCUCCAGGUUUGAGUCAGUUAUUUGAACUGGUUACAGCAAGCAGCUGCUUUUCACCUGGAGUUUCCCUCCCUGCAUUCCUUGAUGAAUUUCUGCUGUGCUCAGUUUCGUGGGCAAGCUUGAGUGACGUGUUUGAAGGACUCCAGGAUAUUAAAGACAUGCACGAGAGGAAGUGUCACUGAUGACUUGCAGGGAGACCCUGGGUUUGUACUGCAGUGACAGGGGAAUUCCCUUUUUGUCUUGCUUCUGAGCAUACCUAAUAGAGGCAGCAUUGCCCAGGCUCCUCCUGGUACCUCUUGGACUCCCAGUGGAACUGAAGGGAGAAACAACUGGUAAGCCAGAGGCAGUGCUCAGCUGUGCCCUCAGGCUGAAGUGAGCGCUGGGAUAAUGUUCUGUAUCUGCCCCUGCAUUAACACUUUUUCCUUUGUCUUUAUUGUCCUCAUCUCUCUUUCCUCCUGCUAGCGUGGGGUACGUAUGCUCUUCUGAUAGUAGAGAUGGGCUUUCAUUAUAUCCCAGAAGGAAACGCGUUCGGCCAACAGCCCCAAUACAUCAUGCAGCUUCAGGGCUCACAGCGCUGUCUGACCUGGCUUAAAGCUGCUGUUUGAUCUCCCCAUUGCUCACGGGGCUUUUGAAACCUCUCUGCCACUUCCUGGUCCCCAGGUGCCCACUAGGACGGGUGCAUGUGGCUGGCUCGUGCUUGCAGGGACAGAAGUGUUCCUGGGCAGGUCUGUUAGCUGGAAGCUCUUCUGGCCCAGCAGUGAGCUCUUUCCAGGACCUCGCUGUUCAACGGAGCACAAGACAGCAGUGCUGCUGUGCCUGUUGCAGCCAAGCGGCGAGGCAGCUCCAGGCUCUGGUUUAGGCUAACCUGAUUCCUGCAGAAUCUGGAGCAGGUUGGGGUGAGCCUGUGUGAGCCUGUGUGAGCCUGUGUGAGCCUGUGUGAGCCUGUGUGAGCCUGUGUGAGCCUGAGUGAGCCUGCUCAUCCGCAGGAGUGGCACAGAACUCUGCUGCAGGAGCGUCAACCGCUGCAGGCAUUUCCCUGACACGUCUGCCCGUGGCCUCUUCUCAUCCUAGUGCUGCUGAGGUCUUUGCUUUCUGACGUGUCUGAGCAGCUCUGUGUGUGAUGAGCCUCUCUUUGUGUACUCACCUAUUUUUUUUUCCCCAAAAAUAUCUCUGGGGAGCAGACAGUGUUCUGUGUUUUGUCACUUGUCAGCGUUCAGUGCCCCCUCGGUACCUCGAAGCACUGAGCGCGGACCAGUUUUGCUUUGCUGUGCGACAUGCUAAGCAGAAUCUCUUGGCAGCUAGCAGCAGAAGGCAUUUGACAUCCAGACAAUCCGUUUGGGCCUGUUCAGUAAACUGAUCCGUCCUCCAGUGCUUCCUGCUGACAGCUGCUCAACUGCUUGUUUCCUCCUUUUCCUUGCCUAGGCUGUGAGCCCCCAGGGCAGGGAGCACGUUUCGGUCAUUUGCAAAUGCCAGUUCAACCUGCAGCGGUAGAUACUUGAUUUUUUUUAUUACCAUAACAUUAAACUUGAAUGGAUGAAAGCUGUGAA